AUGGUCGACAUUAAUUGGAUAAUAGAAUAUCUAUCGAACAUUGUCCUUCGAUUACUUGCAAGAUGUGCAGAAAGCAACAGUGGGCAGAUGACGAGGAAGAGGAUGAAUAAAUUCUCCAAAUAUACUACUCAGAUUGAAAGCUGUGGAGAUGAUCUUGCGAAAUUGGAUCGAUUUGUCGAAGCACAGCGUGUCGCAUUCUACAAGUUAUUGAAGAAGUAUACGAAAUGGACUGGAUCUCGAACCCUCAAGGAACGAUUUGAAUCCGAGAUAUUAGGAGAUCCAAAAAGCUUUACGAGGCAAGAUUUCGCUCGGCUACAUUCACAAUACAACGAUCUCAUAACCCUUAUCCGAGCUUCUACUCCAGUAACCAGUGGGCCGUCUACUCCAAGUAUGGGGUCCAUAAGGGAAAGUCUCAACUGUGCUCCAACGCACACGCAAGAACGAUCGCCGCCUCGACAAACAUAUUGGAAUGAAUACGAUAAUGGGAGCGAUGUCGAUCAAGACGAACCAUAUUACAUAUACACGGACCCGAAUGAGGGAAUGACGUUGCCUGGCGCAGAAGUUGUUGCAAGUGCGAUUAAACGAACAAAGCAAGGAAUAGAGAAGGUCAAAGACUGGUUCACACCCCAUCAAUCAUCGCGAAAUCGCGAACGGGAGCCACUAUUGAGAGAUCGGGAUGGGGGAUACUUUCAGCGAAGCCCGAACGGAACAACGAGUGGUUCAGUAACCGAUGUGGAUGAAGAAGCAUAUGCUUCCUCAGCGGAUUUCCCACGCGGAUAUGUUGCACACUAUGCUACCUUUCCUAGCGUAGCCGAUCAAAGAUUAAGUCGAUUCCAAGAACAAACUCUGUUAUUCACCAUGAUUGCUUGCUUCCUAUUUUCGGCAUUUUCUGAAGCCGCAUCCACACUUCUUCUUGCAACAGGACGACACAAAUUGAGGACAGAGGUUGACUUGGGCGCACUCAUGGGUACCUUGUUGGGAUUUUGUCUGGCUGCUGGUGGAUUGAUUUGCAUGGCAUGUCGGAAUGAAAAACUUGGAUGGAUCCAUCGCGGAGCUGUGCUUAUCACCACAGCUAUUUUGUUGAUUGGGAGUAUUAUACUUCUGAUUAUGGUAAUGGGGAAUUAG